AUGAGAGCUUCAAUUUCUUCAUGGGUUAAUCGACGACAUUUCAAGGAAGAUGAUGGCAAUAACAGUGAAGCCUCCUUCAUCCCAAUCACCAUUGUUCAGGUUUCAGCCAUGGAAACCCUUUACAAGCUUUGGAGUUUUUUCAAUUAUACUGGGAAUAGAAGAGGGUUUUAUCACAGUUCUUUCUCGCUGGAUACUAUGCUUUAUAUAUUAGGAAGAAGUCGAAUGUUUGACAAAACUUGGGAGGUCUUAGUUGACAUUAAGUAUAAAGAUAGAAAUUUGAUAACCCCACGGACUGUGAUGAUUGUUUUAGCUAGGAUUGCUAAGGUUUGUUCGGUUAGGCAAACUGUGGAGUCUUUUAGAAAGUUCAAGAAGCUUGUGCCUGAAUUCGAUACAACUUGUUUCAAUUCUCUGUUGAGGACUCUUUGUCAGGAGAAGAGUAUGACAGAUGCUAGGAAUGUGUAUCAUAGUCUGAAGCAUAACUUUACGCCCAAUUUGCAAACUUUCAAUAUAUUGUUAUCCGGGUGGAAGUCAUCUGAGGAAGCUGAGGGGUUCUUUAAGGAGAUGAGGGAGAUGGGUGUGGAGCCUGAUAUCCCUGAUAAAGCCAGAGAUGUAUUGAAGGAAAUGAAGGAGUUUGGGUGCUACCCUGAUGUUGCAGCAUACAAUGCUGCCAUUAGGAAUUUUUGUAUUGCGAAGAGGCUUGGUGAUGCUUAUGGGUUAAUGGAUGCAAUGAUGAGUAAGGGUUUGAGUCCUAAUGCAACUACGUACAAUUUGUUCUUUAGGGUUUUCUUCUGGUCGAAUGACGUGCAAAGCUCAUGGGGUUUGUAUGGGAGAAUGAUGCAUACUGGAUGCCUGCCAAAUACACAGUCUUGUAUGUUCCUGAUUAGGUUGUUUAAGAGGCAGGAAAAGGUGGAUAUGGCAUUGCAGCUGUGGAAUGAUAUGGUUGAGAAGGGUUUCGGUUCUUAUAUAUUAGUAUCUGAUGUGUUGUUUGAUUUGCUUUGUGACUUGGGAAAACUAAUGGAAGCAGAAAGAUGCUUUUUGCAGAUGAUGGAAAAGGGGCAUAAGCCAAGUAAUGUUUCCUUUAGAAGGAUCAAGGUUCUUAUGGAACUGGCAAACAAGCAUGAGGCCCUGAAUAACUUGACAGAGAAAAUAGCAGUUUUUGGCUCUUCAAUCCAUCUUCCUGGGAGUACAAAGAGCUCAGCAGAGACAUCACGUUUAGAAUCACUUCCAAUAUAA